UAUCUGGACCCCCCAAUUAUUCCAAUACAUUAUGAUUGUCCCUGUCACAGAUCUGCUGUCGUUCGUCUUUGCUCGGCAGACACAGUACGAUCACGAUUCACCUCUUUAUAUUGACGCGGACAGCCCGGACCUACAUCUGAGCUCGACACAGGCCGAAACCUUGGUCCGGAGACUCAUUUCAGGCUUACGUGCUGCCGGCCUAAAGUCUGGUGACGUCGUGCUCCUUUGCCUCGGGAACAGUUAUAUCUAUGCUCCGCUAUUCCUAGCCACUAUUGGCGCCGGAGGCGUAGUAUGUGGCGCGAACCCGGCCUACCACUUCCUCGAACUAGAUCAUCUUGUUCGCCAGUCAAAGCCUCGGUUUUUGAUCACCGCGAAUAAUAGUCUUCCCACAGUUCUCGAUGUCUGCAGGGGUAAUCUUAUCACACAAGACUGUGUGUUCCUCGUCGAUGCUUCUCAACGACUUCCGACAGACGCAGACUUGGACAGAACAAAAGCCGAUGGUGUCGUCCCGCGGAACUCUGAGCGCACCUCAGUCCGGCUGUUGAACGAUUUGUUGGUACAAGGAAAAUCAAGAUGGGUCACCUUUUCCGAUGAGAUUGCUAUGAAAGGUACCCCGGCAGCAUAUUAUACAACUUCUGGUACAACUGGCUUGCCGAAGCUUGCUGUGGUCUCUCACUACAAUCUCAUCAUCCAACAUCUCAGCCUCCACGACAAGCAGACACUACCACACGCAGUGGUCCGGCUGGCUUGUCUCCCAUUCUUCCACAUCUUUGGAGCAGCUUGGACUUUCAUCGCUCCCAUCCGAUACGGUCAGCCGGUGUAUAUCAUGCCUCGCUUCAGCAUGCGCGACUAUGCUGAGAAUAUUGACAAGUAUGCUAUCACGGAGACAUACAUGGCACCUCCAAUGAUUCAUACACUGAACAAGAGAGCAUCUUUGGAGCCAGGCUUUGCCACUUUACUCUCUUCGCUUCGUUACGUGGGCAUUGGCGGCGCGCCAAUCGAUGUUGCUGCGCUGCGAGCCCUUCGGUCUAAUUUGGACCCUCUAGCCACCGUCACCCAAGUAUGGGGCAUGACUGAAUUCGGUCCGGCAACAUUAUUCCGUUACGGUGAGAAUGAUGAUACGGGCUCUGUCGGACGCCUCCUGCCCGGAUACGCGCCAAAGAUCGUGCCUGUUGGCACAUCUGUAUCAACAGAUACAGAAGCGCCGUUGCACGAGGGAGCCGGUGAUCUAUACAUCCAUACAUCAGCCCUCAUGGACGGAUAUCGCGGAAUCCCCAUGAGCAGAGAUGCUCGUGCCUGGUUCUACACUGGCGACAUAGCGUACGUCGCGAAUGGAAAGCUGUAUCUGGUUGGAAGGUCGAAAGAAAUGAUAAAGGUCCGAGGGUGGCAAGUGGCUCCAGCCGAGCUUGAAGCGGUGAUAAUGCAGCUUAAAAACGUCGCGGACUGCGCCGUCGUAGGCGUUACAACCAUUGAUGGGUUGGAAGAAACACCACGUGCUUAUGUUGUUUCAAAAGAUCAAGGCAAGAACCAAGCUAAAUUAGAAGUGGAGAUUCACGGGGCUGUGCAAGAACAGCUUGCGAGCUACAAACGCCUGGGGGGCGGCAUCAUUUUCGUUGCUAACAUUCCGCGUACGGCGAGCGGCAAGAUACAAAGAUUCAGAUUGCAAGAAGGCAAGCGAGAUGUGGAGCAUCCAGGGGACAUUUCAUGAAUCUUGUCCCCGGGGAGCCGAUUGGAAGACAUGGAACGGCGACUACUACUUGGAAACUUUUGAAGUUGAAAGCGGCGGAAGAAAGUCGAUAGGAACUAGGUACGCCAGCUCAGCACUGUAGCUUGGAACAAUCGUGAAACCAUGCUGAG